AUGUAUUUCACUGAGGUCAACAUUUCGGGAGCGUGGACGCGGCGGCACCGAAGCGAAAGCCUGAUGUGGGCCGCCGAGGGCGUCGACCCUGGCCAUUCCAAGUGGAUCAACUUCCACGACAUCCGCGUGAAGGUGGUCCGCGGCCACACCCUGGCGGGCACGAGGUAUCUGAACGUCUACCUGCGGGGCCUGAACAGGGCCAAGUUUGCGAUCGGGGGCCUCCUUGGGGAGGCUUCGGCGACGCGCGCAAAGGGGGUGGGGCAAUGGGGGCGGCCAUCGCAGGAGGCAUGGGGCUUCUGA